AUGGUGCCGCUGCCCUUCGACGAGGCCUCCGCCAUGUACAUCGCCGCCAGUGUCGUACUGGGUUUGGAGCACCUGCACUGGUCGGGGGUGAUCUACCGGGGGCUGUCGGUGCACUCUGUGGUGGUGACGGAGGGGGGCCAGGUGCAGCUGGUGGACUUCCGGUUUGCUCGACGUAAUGAGGGCCGCGCUUUCACUUUGUGCGGCAACCCCGAGUACCUGGCCCCCGAGGUGGUGGAGGGGAGGGGGCACACC